AUGUCGAGCAAGGAUCCCAAAAUAUGGCAUUGGAUGGCGCUUCUCGUGAUGGUGAUUUUAACAGGAGGGUCUGUCAUUACAUUCUCAAACCUGCUCGACGCCGGCUACACUGUCAUCUCAACGUCGUCACAGUCGCCCUACUUAGUGCAUGCCUUCGAUAACUACAGGGUCGUUGCACAAAACCUAACACAGUCUCGAUGUGAGGGUGUAGUAUUUUCCAAGUUCAAAAUCUUGAAGGAGAAAACUUACAAUCCGAAGAAGUACAAAGACGACGGACAUCUUUUACGUGAAGCAAGUCAAGCUUGUACUCCACCGGGAACACCACGGAUCGCCUUUCUGUUUCUCGUUCGAGGUCACAUUCCUCAUGAGCCCUUGUGGAAAAGAUAUCUACAAAACCACGAAGGAAAGUACUCGCUGUAUGUUCAUGCUGCCCCUGGUUACAUAUACCCUAAAGGAUCCCUCUUCGAAUGCAAAGAAAUUCCCAGCAAGCCGUGCCCAAGGUUCUCCCCCCGCAUCGUCGACGCACACCGCCGGUUACUGGCCCAAGCGCUUCUCGACCCCCGGUACAAUAAUGCAUGGUUUGUGAAUGUGUGUGAAAGCACCAUUCCCAUUCGCAGCUUCCCCUUCGCGUAUCACUACCUCAUGACCUCACCAGUGAGCUUCGUCGAGUCAUUCUACCCGAAUGCGAAUUACCAUUCUUGGAACACCACGCCGGAGUUCAACAGAACUGAUUUGCGCAAAGGCGAGCUGUGGAUGGCGAUACGGCGAGAACAUGCCUUGACAGUUGUCAAAGACGCAGAGAUCCACAACAAGUUCCUCAGGGACUGCAAGAGGUGGUGCACAUGGGACGAGCAGUAUGUGCAGACGCUGCUGCAUAUUCGAGAUCCGAGUGGGAUUGCAGAGCGCACAGUGAUGUACGUGGACUGGAAUUUUCCGCACGGCGGUUCUCCAAAGACGUUGGAAGCGACCCCGCACAAGAUCCGAGACGUGCAAUCGCGGACUAGGGACAUGGACGGGGAGCGCCACGACACGGCAUUCAACAAAACUUCUUACGACUGCGUGCACAAUGGUGUGUCACCGUCUCCUUGCUUCCUCUUUGCUCGCAAGUUCAAGCCCGAGGCGACGAAGCCCCUUCUCGCGCUCAACCCGAAAUACCUUGGCUUCUAAACCUCCACAGGGAUUG